UUCUGACGUCACAUGUAAACAUGGCCUUCAGUAGCUACAGCUGCAAGUCCUCCUCACCGUCACCCAGUCAGCUGAGCGGCCAUGUUACAGGUUAAAAAGCGACUGAGGUACAGCUCUCUGGGCAUCACCGCUGCGAGGCUGUUCUCCUCCGGACCCGCCAAGAACCCAGUCGUGUAUUUGGACAUCGAGGCGGACAGCGAGCCUCUUGGAAGAGUAACCAUUGAGCUGAAUGCAGAUGUAGUGCCGAGGACUGCAGAAAACUUCAGAGCCCUGUGCACCGGGGAACUUGGGUAUGGAUUCAGGGGAUCUGUGUUUCACAGGGUCAUACCCGAGUUCAUGUGUCAGGGCGGAGAUUUCACACACCACAACGGCACGGGGGGAAAAUCUAUUUACGGGAAGACGUUCAAAGAUGAAAACUUCAAAUUAAAACACUCCGGCCCUGGAACACUCUCAAUGGCAAAUUCAGGCCCGAACACUAACGGCUCGCAGUUCUUCAUCUGCACAGCCAAAACAGAAUGGCUUGAUGGAAAACACGUGGUGUUUGGGCAGGUGAAGGACGGCAUGGACGUCGUCACCAAGAUGGAGUCCUUUGGUUUGCACGAUGGAGGUGUCAUCAAGAAAAUUGUCGUCACUGACUGUGGGCAGGUCAUACAACAGGCGCCUCCUGGAUCAAUCUGAGCGAAUGCUUCAGUAUACACACUUCCAAGGAAGAACUGUCACAGGUGAUCCUGCUCUUUAUGAAAAACUGUCGUUUAACUGUUGGUUCUGAUGUUAGAACCAGAAAUCCUGAUGUUAAAUGUAAAAUUUAUUUAACAUUUUAUAAAUAAUAGUGCUAGUGGAAAGACUGAGACAUUGAUACAUUUUCCAUUAUGUUAAUUGUUACUUAUUUAACUUGACUGGCCUACUUUGUGGAUAAGUACCAAGUCGUCCAUUAUUUAAAACGAUCUCCGCUCACUGCCAAAUAAAUGAGCUCCUUUCA